CGUGGGCAGCCCCAACUUGAAUACCUGGGUCCGCAGUCACCUGGAGGGGGGUGCUGGCCCGUGUCCUGGUGCUCGAAUCUGAGAGCGGGGUGUGGCGCGCAGGAGCGCGGGGAGCACUUUGGCGGCGGCGGGAGCAGGUGCUGCCUAAAGAAUGGAGGAUGACGACUUUGGUGGCUUUGAGGCCGCAGAGACCUUUGAUGGCGAACACAGUGGAAACCAAGCAAUGUCCCCUGCUGUCCCCUGGGCCACCUUUCCUGCAGUAUCCGGAGUGCGUCUCUCACCAGCUUCUCCGGAGCUCAUUCUGGACCAUGACCACUCAUCACCAUCCUCUGGCCGCCUCCCUCCAGAUGCCAUCAUUUCAGCACCAGAUGAUACGCGUGCAGACAGUGGCCUUGUGAGUCAGACCAUCCCCAAAGCUCAGAUUCAGCAGUCAGCACACACACAUCUGAAUAUACCACUUUUUCCACUUGGCUUAACGGAUGAGACAACCCAUGGAGCGCUUGCACUGGAGGAUGACCCUGAGGGUCCUGGAGCCGACGUGUCCCACUCACAGCUACAGCAAAAAAUAUCAAGUCUGGAGACUAAACUGAAAGCAUCUGAAGAGGAAAAACAGAGAAUUAAAAAGGAUGUGGACUCGCUGAUGGAGAAGCACAGUGUCCUGGAGAAAGACUUCCUGAAGGAAAAGGAGCAGGAUGCUGUGUCCUUUCAAGCCAGAUACCAUGAGCUUCAGGAAAAGCAUAAGCAAGAAUUGGAAGACAUGAGGAAGGCUGGGCACGAGGCACUGAGCAUUAUUGUGGAUGAGUAUAAGGCACUUCUGCAGUCUUCAGUGAAGCAGCAGCUAGAUGCCAUUGAGAAACAGUAUGUGUCUGCAAUCGAGAAACAAGCUCACAGGUGUGAGGAACUGCUGCACGCUCAGCAUCAGAGGCUCCUGGAAGUGCUGGACAAUGAGAAGGAACUGUUAAGGGGAAAAAUCCAGGAAGCUUUGGAUCAGCAGUCACAGGAGCAGAAGGAAACACUGGAAAAAUGCCUGCAGGAAGAAAUGCAGAGGAAUAAAGAGACACUGGAGUCAGCUGUGAAGCUUGAGAAAGAAGCGAUGAAAGAUGUCAUCACCAAAGCAGUGGAAGAAGAAAGGAAAAAUAUGGAAAAAGUUCAUGCUGAAGAACGGGAAAUGUGGAAGGCAGAACAUGCAAGAGAUCAGGAAAGGGUAGCAGAGGCUAUCCAGGCCGCCGUCCAGGAGCAGCGGGUGAUGAGUCAGGAAGCUGUCAAAGCAGCAAUAAUAGAGGAGCAGAAGAGAAGUGAAAGGGCCAUGGAGGAGGCAGUAAAGAGAACAAGAGACGAGCUGGUGGAGUACGUGAGGGAGCAGAGAAGGCUCGAUCAAGUCACCCGCCAACGCAGCCUGUCCAGCCUGGAGCUGUUCCUGUCCUGCGCCCAGAAGCAGCUGAGUGCUCUCAUAGCUACGGAGCCUGUUGACAUUGAAUAGAGACAAGCUGGCCGACCCGUCCCUGUCAUUAAGCCUGCCUACUCUGAAGCUGUUCCUCUCCUGCGCCCAGAAGCAGCUGAGUACUCUAAGGUCCAUGGAGCCUAUUGGCAUUGAAUAAAGGGAACAUGACAGGCUACUUGCCCUGGCCAUUGUGUCAAUCACUAGACUUCUAGUAGAUGCUGUGACUGAUGCUUUUGUUUUCUGAUUAAACAGCUGGUUUCUAGGUCAAGGAUGAGCCAAAGCAGUAUCUAGAAGAACCAUCAAUGGAUCUAACUUAUUCUCUAUUAUUUUGUUACAAGUAGAAUGAAAGAAUAUAUAUGACCCAGAGUUCAUGGGGUAGGAAAGCACUACGGCUCCAGGUGGCCUGGUGACACUGUGGUGAAGGACCUUUUGAAGCCUCGUGGUGAUUUGUGUCACCACCAUUCACUUGUUUCUGAGGAGUCAGUGGAUAGAAGCACUGACGUGGUCAUUGUUGUGACUGACCUGACUGCUUCUCUAAAGGUGAAUCUGUGCAUUUUCAUUGAUUUAUCAAAAAUAAACAACACUAGCUGACCAGGCUUUGAGCAGCUGCCACAUUUAAACUUUGGGCGUGUGGCACAGGCUUGCUUCCUGCCUUUCUUCAGAGGCCUGAAAAUCAUUUUUCAUAAUCUAAUCAAUCUCUAGAAAGAACAUAACUUGGAGUUCUAGACAUCUAUGGGAAUUUAAUCAAAUAUCAGAUAUAUGGGUUCAUCGGGGUGUUCUUAAUUCACGAGCAGUGUGCUCCAGUAUGAAAUCAUGAGCAGUUUCAACAUCAAAACUGACAACAGUGUACCUAUGCAGACACUGUGUCUCUGAAAUGCUGCUGCUUUCAGGGCUUUGUACUUCUCUGGGAUUUCUUGGUAUAAUAAAAGAAACUCCAAAAAGUU